AUGACACAGAAGGAGUUGAACCUUCGCCAGGAUGGCACACUUCUAUUCCGGGGACGAGUAUGUGUUCCUCAGGACAGUGACCUGUGCCAUGAUAUCUUGGAGGAGGCGCAUAGCUCACCUUUUUUCCUGCACCCAGGGAGCACGAAGAUGUACAGGACGAUCCGCCCACACUAUUGGUGGAAAGGUAUGAAGAGGGAUGUCGCUGAGUAUGUGGCUAAAUGCUUAGUGUGCCAGCUGGUUAAGGCUGAGCACCAGAGACCAGCAGGACCCUUACAGCCAGUUCAGAUACCACAGUGGAAGUGGGACGAGAUAGCCAUGGACUUUGUCUCUGGAUUGCCGAAGACUGCGAGGCAACAUGACGCCAUUUGGGUGAUUAUUGAUCGGCUGACCAAGUCAGCUCACUUCCUGCCGAUCAGUAUGACUUACUCUACGGGCAAGCUAGCCCAGAUAUAUAUUGAUGAGAUAGUGCGCCUACACGGGAUACCAUCAUCCAUAGUAUCAGACAGAGAUCCACGGUUCACUUCAGCCUUGUGGCAGAGCCUACAGAAGGCUUUGGGUAGCAGAGUGAGUCUUAGCACAGCCUUCCAUCCUCAGACCGAUGGCCAGUCUAAGAGGACCAUCCAGACAUUGGAGGCUAUGCGGAGGUAA